AUGCAAGGUACGAAUUGGGUGCUUGUGACGGUGCUCAUCGGUGUUUUUGUUGUUGUCACAGUUUCAUCAGAUCGCGAGCACGAAGCACACGGUGCAACUAGUGCUAAGUUCCGCGUAGAUCACGAGGCGAAAGGUCAACAUAAUCCACAUGCUGAUCACAAAGCCGUUCUUGGGUCGAAAAAGUCGGCCGAUGAGUUCGACGAUUUGCCGGCCGAGGAGUCAAAACGUCGGUUGGGCAUAAUCGCACUUCGUAUGGACAAGAAUGGAGAUGGAUUUGUGGAUUCAGAUGAGCUUACUGAUUGGAUUCAUAAUAGUGCAUCAUUCAUAUUUGACUUGAAUGUGAGCAGAUUGUGUUUGGUUGAAGAGAGUGUUAUUGUUUUGUAUGAUAUUUUUUGGUCGAUGAUUUCGUUGGAUAGAGAAGAAACCACAGAACGAUUCACUGAGAUGGAUGUGAACAGAGAUGGCUUUGUUACGUGGGACGAAUAUCUUACCGAGGCAUUCGGCGACGGUGAAUUACCUCUUGAGGAGCUGGAUGCAGAUGAUAAAAAGUUAAUGGAAGAAGAUCGACGAUAUUUUAUGAGUGCAGAUUUGGAUCACGACGAUCGUCUUUCAACCGAAGAGUUCGAUGCGUUCCAAAAUCCAGAGCACUAUCCUCAUAUGCACAAGACACUUAUCGAAAUGACAAUGCUCGAAAAGGAUCGAAAUUCGGAUGGUAAAAUCGAUUUGAAGGAGUUUUUGGGCGAUAUAAGUGACAACGUUGAAUCAGAAUGGUACACGGUGGAGAAAAGUCGUUUCGAAGAUGAAUACGAUGUUGACAAGAAUCUAUUCCUCGAGGGUGAUGAAAUCACAAAAUGGUUGAUACCAAAUUUGGAAGAAACUGCACGACAGGAAGCUGAUCACCUUAUAAGCAGUGCUGAUAAAGACGAUGAUGGACGAUUGACGAUUGAUGAGAUCGUCAAUGAGCAUGCAUUAUUUGUUGGUUCUGAGGCGACAAACUUCGGUGAACGACUCACUGACAUGUCGCAUGAAGAAUUAUGA